AUGGUUGUCAAUUUGGAGUUCAUAGGGGCUUUAGUCACUGCAGAGGAAGUACUGAUUUUUGAUCCCCUGAAACAAGAGGUUCUUCAGUUUGUCGAUCAGCUAAGGCUACAGCUUCAACCUAAAGCACCAUUACAGAUUGAAGAAGCAAACCAUGCUGAUAGACGAGACAAUGAAAUGCAUGCUGCAGGUGAUGGACACAUGCCCCCUGUUACUGAAGCUGCUGAUGAUGAUAAUGAAGAUAUGGCAGACUUAUAUUUAACUAGGAAGUGGAUCCAAAGCCAGCAGUCGGAGGCCUUAUUAGGAUCUGUUGCUUCAAAUAGCAUCACUCCUGCUGCUAAAACUCAGGUCCCUCUGCUUGGUUCCAAUGAAAGCACUAGUCAUGCAACGGACAUCACCGCUGAAGAUGUUGAUGAUGACAUAGAGGAUUUAGAGAUGUUGCUUGAGGCUUACUUUAUGCAGCUGGAUGGCACACGCAACAAGAUAUUGUCUGUCCGUGAAUACAUUGAUGACACAGAGGACUAUGUGAACAUCCAGCUUGACAACCAGCGAAACGAAUUAAUUCAAGCUCCAACUGACCAUAGCGUCAUUUGCAAUAGCAGCGGAAACCUUGAUAGCAUGAGUGUUUGGGAUGAAUAUUCUUGCACGCUGUACGACAUGCACGGGAUAUUUGGCUAUGUUGUCGGAGGCUCUACUGCAGGGUGCUUCCUGCUCUUCUUUGUGGUUCUAGGAUAUGCAAGAUGGAAGAAGCUGCUUGGUUCUUGA